AGAGAGACUGGAGCUGUCUGUGGAUAGGUGUAACGUUUGCUCGCUCGGUGCCGUCGUUACAUGUGUGAGGAAAAGGGAAAGGGGGGAGGCUGAUAACUGGGCGAAUUCAGCACCCGAAAGCGCUGCGCUCCGAUGGGGUCGACGGGGAUGAAAUGAGGAUGAUGAUGAUGAUGUCUAGCGUUUACUCUCGACGAUGACAACGCUCUCCUUUACUUGAAGUUCGAACCCAUUGGGUAGAAGACUGUCCUCCAUGCCCACCCUUCCUUUUACCCAAUCCAAUCCCUGCAACCCAGCGACUUUCCCCUCCUACUUUCUCCUGCCACUUAUGUCCCACCUGAGACCACGUCCUGCUGCUCCACCCAAAUGCACCCAAGCCACGGAUUUUGAACAGCACAUACUAAGAGCCAAUCAGGAGCCUUGAAGCCAUUCAGGAAAUAGCAACACAACUCAUGAAUCUACCUGAGCACUGAGGAAAAAAUAAAGGAAAAGCUGUGGAUAAUAAACUCAUUGUGAAGAAGACAACUCUGACAGUACAUGUCUACCCUUGAAGAAGAGCACAGCAAUUAGGAGAUUCCACCAAGAAAGCUUGAAUAGAGGGUGAAUUCAAACAGACACUCACUGAGGGACAGGAUAUAGAGGAAAAGAAAGAGAGAACAACUGCACGCAUAGGAUAACAUAUCUGCAAUACUCACAUUCCCACACACAUUACAGACUGUUAAGGCACACGUUCUUACCACAGACCACACGCUACACAUCCUAAACACCUGCAUAUGAAUGACAAGUUGUUAAUCAGUGUGCCGUAGGCUCUCAGGCACACAAACACCAUCAGAUUCGCGGUCCCACACUGUGAUCCUCGCAAAUUCCUCUUUUUGUAGGGCCAAGACAUACACACACUCGCCCUUAAACUCUCGCACCUGUUCACGGCCUCAAGAUGAUGUGUGAGGUGAUGCCCACCAUCUCAGAGGACGGCCGGGGUGGUAGUGGAGGAGGCCCGUCCUCUCCUGCCGGAGGUGGUGGGGGUAUGGGGGGCGGUGCAGGGGGCAUGGGUGGUGGCUAUGGGGGCCGGGAGACCCGUGGUGGAGACGAGGGGGGGAGCACUGGAAAUCUGGAGUCUCUGAUGGUGAAUAUGCUGACGGAGAGAGAGCGGCUGCUAGAGAGUCUCAGAGAGACCCAGGACAGUCUCGGCACGGCACAGCUACGUCUGCGAGAGCUGGGUCACGAGAAGGACUCGCUACAGAGACAACUCUCCAUCGCACUGCCACAGGAGUUUGCAGUGUUGACCAAAGAGCUGAAUGUAUGUCGGGAGCAGCUGCUGGAGAGAGAAGAGGAGAUUGCUGAGCUCAAGGCGGAGAGGAACAAUACACGGCUGCUGCUGGAGCAUCUGGAGUGUCUGGUGUCUCGUCACGAGCGCUCUCUGAGGAUGACUGUAGUGAAGAGGCAGGCUCAGUCUCCUGCUGGAGUCUCCAGCGAGGUGGAGGUGCUCAAGGCCCUCAAGUCCCUGUUCGAACACCAUAAAGCCCUGGACGAAAAGGUGCGUGAGAGAUUGCGUGUGGCUUUAGAGAGAGUUGCCGUUCUAGAGGAAGAGCUGGGAGCUUCCACAAAUGAGGUUCUGUCUUUACGGGAUCAGAUUAAAAGGAGAGAACGGGGUUUGGACAAUGGAAAGGAGCGGCUCCCGAACGGCCCCUCCUCCAUUUUGGAUGAUGGCGAGAUUGACAGACAGAGAGAGGGAGAGAUAGAGAGACAGAGAGCAGAGCUUUCACAGUUAAAAGAAAGACUGGCGCUCAUGUGCAGACAGGUUGGAGAGAUCGAGGAGCAGCUCACUACCGCCAGAAGGGAAUUAGCUAAAUCUGAGGAAGCCAAUCAGAAGCUUCAGAGGGACGUGAAAGAGGCGCUGUGUCAAAGAGAGGACAUGGAGGAAAGAAUUACCACCUUAGAGCGCAGGUACCUCAGUGCCCAGAGGGAGGCAACCUCUCUCCAUGACAUCAAAGACAAGCUGGAGAACGAGCUUGCCAGCAAAGAGUCUUUAUACAGACAGAGUGAAGAGAAGAACAGGCAGCUCCAGGAGCGUCUAGACGAUGCUAAACAGAAGCUGCAGCAAACCCUCCAGAGGGCCGAGACGCUGCCCGAGAUCGAGGCUCAGCUCGCCCAGAGAGUGGCGGCACUCAACAAGGCGGAGGAGCGUCAUGGCAACUUUGAGGAGCGACUGAGACAGUUGGAGGCACAACUUGAAGAGAAAAAUCAGGAACUACAGAGGGCGAGGCAGAGGGAGCGGAUGAAUGACGAACACAACAAGCGUCUCUCUGACACGGUGGACAAGCUUCUGUCGGAGUCCAAUGAGAGACUGCAGCUGCACCUGAAGGAGAGAAUGGCUGCCCUGGAGGAGAAGAACGCUCUCUCUGAGGAACUCGCUAACAUGAAGAAGAUACAAGAUGAUCUCUUAGCGAACAAGGAUCAGCUGAUUGCAGAGCUGGAGAGGCUUCAACUAGAGCUGGACCAGCUCAGAGGAAGACCUGGUUCCUCUUACUCACGGUCUCUGCCAGGAAGUGCUCUGGAGCUGAGGUACUCCCAGGGAGGUGGGUCACUUCCUGCUGGCUCCACCACCCAUCUAGAUCAUUAUGGAAACACAGGCACAGGAGGGGUGGUCAGACGGGCUCAUCGUGGACGCUGGAGCGGGGCAAGGGAGGACGCUAGCAAAUACGUCGAAUGGGACGGCGGAGCUUUGCUGGGCACUGGGUUCGAGGGUGGCGUGGAGGACAGGUGUUCUGAUGAUGAAGACGAUCGCGGGACGCUCUUCGAAUCGGAGCUGCUGUCACCAAGCGGUCAGACAGAUGUGCAGACUCUCGCUAUCAUGUUGCAGGAGCAGCUGGAGGCCAUCAACAAAGAGAUUAAGCUGAUUCAGGAAGAGAAGGAGAGCACAGAGCUUCGUGCUGAAGAAAUCGAGAGUAGAGUCAGCAGUGUGGCUCUGGACGGCCCUCCCGUCCCCCCAACCUCUCUGGGGCGGGACAGCACAGGGCGUGGCUUCAUCCCCCCAUCCCUCACAUCCUCCACCCUGGCAUCGCCCUCUCCACCCAGCUCCGGGCACUCCACUCCUCGCCUGCCCCACUCACCAGCACGUGAGACAGACAGACAGAACAACAAAGAUGACGACAGGUCCCUGGCCCUUUUGGAUUCCACCCCUCCUCCCACCCCUCGUGCUCUGCGAUUGGACAGGAUGACGCACACCCACCCUGGUGCAAUGUUGGAUGACAGUCGUGAGUUCCGCAGCCUCUCAGCUGAUGGCAGCAGCUCAAACAGCAGCCAGGACUCCCUCCACAAGGCCAGCAAAAAGAAAAGCAUCAAGUCUUCCAUCGGCCGGCUCUUUGGGAAGAAGGAUAAGGUCAGAAUGGGUCAGCCUGGACGUGAGUCAGCAUCUCUGGCCUCGACCCCCUCAGAUGACCUGGGCUCCGUGGAUCCCCUCGGACUCACUAAGAUGGCUGGUCCGGUGGACAAGGACCGUCGCAGCAAGAAGAAGCAUGAGCUGUUGGAGGAGGCAUGCCGACAGGGGCUACCCUUUGCAUCCUGGGAUGGACCCACUGUUGUCUCCUGGCUGGAACUGUGGGUGGGCAUGCCGGCGUGGUACGUGGCAGCCUGUCGUGCUAAUGUGAAGAGUGGAGCCAUCAUGGCUAACCUGUCAGACACAGAGAUCCAGAGAGAGAUCGGCAUCAGUAACCCUCUGCACCGCCUCAAACUGAGACUGGCCAUUCAGGAGAUGGUGUCCCUGACCAGCCCCUCGGCCCCGGCCAGCACACGCUCUUCAACCAGUAACGUGUGGAUGACCCAUGCUGAGAUGGAGUCCCUGACCGCAGCAACCAAACCAGAGCUGAAAGAGAUUAGCUGGGAUCAGAUCCUGGCUUAUGGAGAUAUGAACCAUGAGUGGGUGGGCAAUGAUUGGCUGCCCAGUCUGGGUUUGCCCCAGUACAGAAGCUACUUCAUGGAGUCACUGGUGGACGCCCGCAUGUUGGACCAUCUGACCAAGAAAGAGCUGCGUGGGCAGCUGAAAAUGGUGGACAGUUUCCACAGGGUGAGCCUGCAUUAUGGCAUCAUGUGCCUGAAGCGCCUCAAUUAUGACCGCAAGGAGCUGGAGAGGAGGAGAGAUGAGAGCCAGCACCAGAAUAAAGAUGUGAUGGUGUGGUCAAACGAGCGUGUGAUGUGCUGGGUGCAGUCCAUCGGCUUGAAGGAGUAUGCAGAUAACCUGACUGAGAGCGGUGUGCAUGGUGCCCUGCUCGCCCUGGACGACACCUUUGAUUACACUGACCUCGCCCUGCUCCUGCAGAUACCCAAUCAGAACACACAGGCACGACAACUUCUGGAGAAGGAAUAUAACUCUCUCAUCGCCAUGGGAACAGAGAGGAGGCCAGACGAGGAUGGCACCAAGACGUUCACCCGCUCCCCUUCAUGGAGGAAGAUGUUCCGGGAGAAAGAUCUGAGGGGCGUGACCUCUGACUCCUCAGAGACCUUGCCUGCUAACUUCCGUGCCUCAGCCAUCUCUACCCCCUCAGUCACCCUGAGGAAGGUCCAGAGUGAUGCAUCUGCAAGGGCAGAGUCUGGCUCAGUGAGGACCUACUCCUGUUGAGGGACUGCGAAGGAGGCGCCGUUGUCAGAGAGCUGGACCCGGCUUUACAUUUCAUUCACGGGGAGGAGGGGGAUAAGCAGAAAAAAAGCAAUGAAUAUAUACAUUUAUAAAUAUAACUCUACUGGUCUGACCAUUCUGCAAUAACAGAAGAGGGAUGGAGAAAGAG